AUGUGGAUCAACUGCGGCAAGCUAUCUGACUUCACUCAGGCCAGAUAUGUGGUUCGCCUCAACACCGGCAAGAAACUGGUCCUCUUCCGCCUACCGACGAUCGAUCCGUCAAAUCUAAAAGUCAACGACACAAACGAUGGCUGGUCAUAUUACGCCAUGGAGGCGGAAUGCCCGCACGCAGGCGGGCCCAUGGCAGACUCGUCAGUGGAUAUUGAGGAUUUGGCAUACGUUGCAUCCUGCCCGUGGCAUGCCUACGAUUUCAACGUAGAGACUGGAGAGUCGAGCGUGGGUCUCAAGGCAUGUACAUUCCCCGUUGAUGUGCGGGGGGAGUUCGUUGCGCUUGAUUUCCCGGUUGAGGACGGCGCAUCCGUCUCACUUGCCAGUGUGGAUCCGGUCAGCGAGAAAAUCAAAUUGAAGAACCCGAGACCAUCAGAGAAACCCGCCGCACCCAGUCGCGAAGACCCAGGAAUGGCGCGAUACCUCGACGACAGCGCAACGCUCUGCGAUUGGGCGGCGCACAUCCUCAACACCGCUAACCCAGAGCACAAGAUCGAGCUGACAACGCACCUGUUUUCCAUUUUCGUCGAGAGAGAAAACACAGACUCACCGAUGCCACUUGGCCGAGGAACCGUGACAGCGCCGGACCAACCACCACGGGAGAAGAUGGAGAUUGUGGACCCGGGACAGAUGCCGAGGCCAGGAAAGGGCGGGACACUGAAGAGCAGAAUCAACAUGCUCCAUGCACUAGCCAACAUCGAGCUCUGGGCUAUCGAUCUAGCCAUCGACAUCUGCAUCCGAUUCGCGACCUUCCAAACAACCGGCACAUCCCAAGAACUUCCGCGCACCUUCUUCCACGACUGGUUGAAGGUCGCAAACGACGAGGCCAAACACUUCUCACUUUUGCGCACGCGUCUGGAAGAAAUGGGCGCUGCCUUUGGUUCUCUCCCCGUCCACCACAGCCUGUGGUAUUCCGCGACAGAAACGGCACACGAUCUGCGCGCGAGGAUCAGCAUCGUCGCGUUGGUCCACGAGGCGCGUGGUCUGGACGUUAACCCUAUGACGAUUGCGAAGUUCCGGCGGGCCGGCGAUGGUGCAAGCGUUGAUACUUUGGAGAUCAUUCACAAUGAUGAGAUUACACAUGUCACCACCGGACACCGCUGGUUGACUUGGAUUUGCGAUCAGGAAGGAACGGAUCCUGUCCAGGUGUUCCGGACCAACGUGAAGAAACACUUCAACGGUCCGAUCCGGGGACCUUUCAAUGAGGAGGCCCGUCUGCAGGCUGGUAUGGAUAAGCGGUAUUAUGACUUCGGACCCAGCCAAGUCAUGGCUUCAUGA